CUCUGGGACCAGACUGGUGGGAAGAAUGCUCAUUACACUUACUUGGGUAAAGUUUUCCUCAGUAAUUUUGUUAAAAAUGUGUUCUGUGAAAUUGACCUAGAAUUAUUCUCCCUCAUCUAUUCCUAUAAAUUCAAAGACAUGACUCUGAUGAUGUCUCAUAUUUUCUUCGUGGUUCUUUAAUGUGCCUUUUAUGUUUUCAUAUUGUUUGUUCAUUUCAUCUAGACCUUCUACUUUAUCUUCAUAUCCUGAUAUUCUGUCUUUUGCCUGAUUCCUUAUAUUGGCAAGGCUUUCCUCUGAGAUUUCUAACUGGAUAUUGAAUUUUCUUCAAUUUUUGUCUUUAUUUUAGACAUUGAUCUUGAGCUAGGCCUUUGGGUAUGGAGAUGGCCCCAAUAGGAAUGGUAGGGGGGACAGGAAGUGAAAGAAUUGAUUUAUCCAGCAAAUGUGGCUCACAAACAGAGGAUUCAUAGCCCUGGUUCCAGAAUAGGCUUGUGAGUUUGCAGAGAAAGUUGAGAAACUAGGAAACAUGGAGGCCAUGCCUCCUGCAUGUCUAAAACAAGGCAUAUGGAUUUGGAGCUAGAAGUAAUGGGGAAUGGGAUGGAAAGUAGAAGAAACUUACCCAACAAUGGUUACUGUUUUACAAUUUGUUACUGCAAUGAAACACCAUGACCAAAAAGAAAGUUGACCAAAAAGAAAGUUGAAGAGGAAAGGGUUUUUUGGCUCACACUUCCAGACCAUAGUCCAUCAUUAGUGGAAGUCAGGACAGGAACUCAAGCAGGCUUGGAACCUGGAGGCCUGAGCUGAUGCCGAGGCCAUGGAGGGGAGCUGCUUACUGACUUGCUUCACAUGGUUUGCUCAGCCUGUUUUGUUAUGAAACCCAGGACGACCAGUCCAAGAGUGGCCACACCUACACUGGGCUGCACCCUCAUUGAUCACUAGUUGAGAAAAUACCUUACAGCUAAUGUCAUGGAGGCAUUUCCUCAACUGAGGCUCCUUUCUCUCUGAUGACUCCAGUUUGUGUCAAGUUGACACACAAAACCAGCCAACAGAAUGAAAGUACUUUCUCGAGAGUAAUGCCAAUACAAUCUCACUGCAUUGUCUUUUUUGCUUCAUAUAAAAGAAAAACUAAUUUUCUAUCUCAAUGGAAAGAAUUUUAGUGAUUUAUUAAAUGAUAUAUAUGAACACACCUAGGUAUGCACCUAUAAUUUUAUAUCAUUUCACCUUCCAUAGCAACUUUCUCUGACCUUGUCUUCAAGUGCAUAUUUUUAAACUUCUUCUUAUGCACAAUAUGCACAGUGGAUGUGUUCUGAAUGAGGUGAUCUUACCCAUAGUUAUUUCCAAGGGUGGCAACAAUAGCAAUUGAGUUUCUAAGUUAUUGCAUCAUUGGUUAGAAUGAGAAUUACAGCCAGAUAAAAAAGUGCUCAUGACCACCUAACCCCAGAAGAAAUCAGGGAGGGUGGGCAGCAUUGAUUUUUGCUUUAGCUGUCUUUCCAAUUCCUUGAGUAUAUGUGAGAAACAUUGUCUCGAACAGUUCCCAUCAUUUCAGGGGAGAUUGAAAGGUACAAUGCUCAUUGCCUCAGCUUCUCUGAUAGCUUCUUUUAUCCUUACCUGAACAAAUUCAGCUUUAUACUUGGAGAAGCAUUGUUGUGUCACAAGAAAAUAUUUAUUUUGUAUUCAAGUGACCCUAGACCAUUUUUCCAGACAAACUACUCUCUUUGCUGGUACUGAUUCUGGCAAUAGUAGUAUUUUCCUUCAGUCUAAUAGUUCACUGGGAUUAUGAUCACUGUACAUGGUCAUUUGAUUCUAGGUAUCAAAUGCUAAUGAUUGUUUCCAUUCUUUUAUUCAAUAAAUUCAAAGGAGGUGAAGAUUUCUUGAUGCAUUAAUUAUGUCAGCAGUGUAGUUAUUACUUACCCUAGAAGCAUCUUCAGAUAUAAGUAUUGCAUUUUGUAGAGUAAUAUCAUCUACUUAAAUAUGUUUUACUAUUGCUUCAAUCACAGAUAAUCAGCCUGAAGACAUCCCUUCAUCAGGGUAGGAUUUUGAAGUGUUUAAGAAGGAAUGUUAAGUUAUAAUUUGAACCAGGGAUAAGAAGCUAUUAUUAUUGAAUGUUCUAUUCUUUACUGUAUUCCAUGUGAUUCACUUAAUGAACUUUGUGUCUUAGUAUAAUCAUGUUUUAAGCAUUUAUAUUAUUUAAUUAAGUGUAUCACUAGUUUAGCAACUGUAAUCCAAAGAGUUGAUUAAUUCCAUGACCCCAUAGUGUACAAGUGGCCAGCUCAUGAAUUGUCAAUCUGUGCAUUCUCUUGCUUCUCUAACUAUAUUGAGAUGAUCCCACAUAGAAAGUCAGUGUUUCUUAGGUGCCUGCUCUAGGUUAGAGUUUUCCUGAGAAAACUAUCUAUAGCUCAAUAGCUUAUCUUAACCUUUUGGCAGUUGCUGCUAGUCAGUUCAUGGUACUACCAUCAAAAACUGGAGGGAAAAACUUCACUUAACUGUGAGCAUAAUGUCAUAGGUUUGAAAUGAAUAAGAGAAGUCUUGGAAUUAUUUUAGUGGAAUUGUACUGCAUGUGCACAUAAACGUUGUAUUUAUCACAUCCAGCAUCUAUUUAAAGAGCAUUAUUAAUUUGUCCUCAGCUUUGUUUUCUCUUCAAACUUCCUGAGUAAAGGAAGGUUUUCCUUCUUACCAAAUCUUGGUUUCCCCAUGACACCAGACUUCUUGAAAUUUUAAUGUAAAUUUUACUUCAAGUUACUUUGUAUGUAGUUUAGGAUUUUAUUAGCCAUGUAUUGCUUCUUAUUUUUAGUAGAGAAGCUCAGAUUCCCAAAAUUGUGAGUUUUCAGGGAACCUUGAAAACUAGUAAAAGUAUCCUGAACAUUGCAAACUAGAUUCAACAUCCUGGGUAAAAAGUUGUUCUGAUGGAGUACCUGAAGCUAAAAGACAGUUCUCUGUGAGGUGGAAAUAGAAAUGGCCCAAUUUGGAUGUACAUAUUCCUUAACUAAAAGACCAGGCAUCUUCCUUACUGACCAGUAUUUGAUUGAGUGCUUCUGUAGGAGAACAGGGGAGUGAAUCAAGUGUUCCAAGUGGAGGAGAACAAGAAUGACAUUGAAAAGUGAGCCCGAUGGAGGAAGAUUAGAAUGGCUUUAACAGGGGAAGGGCAAUAUCGAAAGGAACAACAUGAUGGUCAAUAGAACUAGGAGUUUGGCCUUACAAUUAAAAUAAUAAAGUUAUUUAUAAGUACACAGGAUAUUGAAAAUCAUGUAUAACUGGAUGUUAAAACAGGACUGAAAGCAAUUUGUAAAACAUGUUGCCUUUUGGUUUAAUUGUAAGAAAUGACAAAUUCCAGGUCUCUAUUGAAAUUUACUUGAGCCACAGUGAAGUCUAUUUAGAAAACAGAAAUAUAUCACAGAGGGUGGGCUAGAAGGAACAGAAAGAAAUGUAUCUGUGACCCAGGGCAGUUUUACCUUCCCUGUGUAUAUUUUCCCAAGUCAUAUAAUAUAUCCUUUAUAGAUUUGAAUGUGCACCAUCUUCGUAGAAAGUAGUAACAUGUAUUGACUUGGGGGUGGAUACUGCUGACCAUCCAUUUACCUCAUUUGCCUGGAGCAGGGAACUAGUUGCUACUCAAGUUCUUUGAGCCCCUGUUUUCAGGAAUCUGCACCUUCCUGGGAUGAAUAUGUAAAGGCUGGAGAGCAUCACUGAAGACUGCAGAAGAGGGAACAUGCAGUGGUAUCCUAUAGAAGAAAGACAUCUAGAGAAUGUAGAGGGAGACAGAGGAAAAAGUACAAGGGAUCUGCUUCUCCAGAAGUCUCUGAUGUCACCUGGGCACAUUUGAAAGAAGGUUUUUAAGUCCUUGAUGGUGGUGGAAUAAUCCUGAGCCAAUUUAGGAAGAGAAGCUGAGUUAUCUACAUUGUAAUGGCUAAACCUCCCUGAGAAAAGCAUUCCUAAAAUCAUCAGGACAGACAGUUUCCAAAAUAAAGGAUUUUGGCUUCCACCAAUUUAUUAGUUGACACUAUUUGAUGUGGGACUAUGUGCCAAUCUGCAAGUGCAGAUUGGGAGAAGUGGGAGCAGAAAGUAACAACUGAAAGAAUUGUAUAAACCAAAUGUUUAAUAACAAUAUAAAGAAACACCAUUUGCUAAUCAAAUAACUAAACUUUCAGAAUAUUUUAUAGCCCCAUUACUCACCUGUUGUGUUGUGUGUUUUUGCUUGAAAGAAAUUACUUCGAAUCUGAGUCACUGAUGUCUGUGUGUUCAAGAAUUGAGGACAAAGCUAGUUUUAAAACUCAGCAAGACAUUCCUGAGGACAUUCUCAAAAAUGGUGCAGAUGACUCACCAAUACCUUCCAGACAAUACAAAAGUAUAGAAGCGCAAGAAGAAGAAGCAGAAUUAGAACCAAUACAGGAUUUAAAUCUGGAAAGUGAAAAUGUUUAUAAAAAGAGUGAAGGCUAUCAAAAAUUGGAAACUUCCAGAAAAGUUACCCAUUCAUUCAAUAUAAGAAAUGAUACAGAAAAAAACCAAGUAUGGGCCUACAAAUGUCUGCACCCAGAGCUGAGAGAUUAUUCUCAUCCAACCUCCAAACCUGAAUCUGAACCACAGGAGUCUCAACCAGAUUUGUCAGAAGAGCUAAAAGAAGAAAUACCCAAAUCUGAACUGCAAAAUGAGAGUUUUGAUAAGAGUGCAAAAAAUCAAGAAUUUGGAGUGUCUGAUGCUAAUGAACUACAGGAACUUUACACAGAAGUCCCCUGUUCUUCCAAUACGAACAAUGAUGCAGGAAAAAAUGUAAUGCGGCACCUGGAGAACAAUUGAUGCUGUAAGAGCAUGUUUUUGUGCAUGUUGUACCAAAAAGCAUACCUUUUCCUCCCACCACCAGAAAUAGAAAAGAAAACAUAGAGAAAAGAAGAACUAGGACAAAUCAGCCACGAUUGCCUGACAAUUUCUCUGACCAUCCACAACAGGACAGCUGAAGAAGAAAUCUGUCCCCACCUCACUAAUUGGUUCAAGAAAAACCAUGUGUUUAUUUUGUUUUGUUAUAUUAUAUACUAUACUAUUAUUAUACUAUCUCUAGUGUUCAUUUCCAUGUGUUUAUGUUUUGUUGCUAUAUUAAUUAAUAGUUAUCUUCAGUGUUUAUUUUAUAUUUAUCUUCCUUCCCUUGAUGUAAACAUUGUUUAUGUAUAUAUGUUUAUUUGGUUUAUAAUAUAUACUUUUUUA